CGGGCGUCGUGCGCGUCGGGUGCGGGUCGCUGGCAGGUACGUGGAUCGCAGGUGGGGCGCGUCAGUCGCUGGGAUCUGCGGACGGACGUUGGGAGUAGGUUGGCGUGUCACGUGCACGCGGGCAGGACUCCUAAGCUGCUGCGGAUUGAUGCUGGCGAGUGGGCGAACGCGGUCAUGCAGUUCGCGUGUCCUGGUUGCGCAAGGAGUAGCGCACGCGUGUUGGACGAGCACUGGGACGAUGCAAUCAGUGAUAGUGAGCGGCAGGGGCGAACGGGUGGUGCGCGACUGCUUCUUGGGAACGAUCGGCGAUCGCGGUGCUACACGAACGGGCAUGCCGCCACGUAGGGAACCCGGUCAUCAGGCUCCUACUCAGGCUACGGUAGUCGCUCAGUUCCGCGACUAUCAUGCCGAAAAGUUCUCAGGGCAGGGAGAUCCCCGCAUCGUUGAUGAAUGGAUUCAGGGGUUGGAAUUUAUCUUUGAGGUUAUGGAAUGCCCCGAUAGGUAUCGCGUAGUUUGCGCUCAGCUUCAGCUCACUGGUAAUGCAAGGCUCUGGUGGAAUGCCUACUGGAGCAUGCGUCCCGGUGAAAAGGCGGGUUGUACAUGGGACAUGUUCAAGGAGCUAGUCCGCGAUAAGUACUACCCUUCCUACUAUCGGGCAGAGAUGGAACGCCAGUUCUUAGCGCUUCAGCAGGGCACUCGUACGGUUGAUGAGUACGAGCGAGAGUUCACUAGACUUGCAGCUUUCGCACCGGAUCUUGUUCGCACGGAGGCCCAGAGAGCGCAGCGGUUCAUUGACGGACUUUACCCAGCAGUUCGUCACAAUAUCGUUGGACACGGGACUCAGACCUACGCUCGUGCC